GCGCGCUCUGUCUCGUGCACGCGGUAUAGUCGGCGACGCGCUUUUGGCGCGUUCAUGUGGUAUAUCGAGCGCGUGAGGCACAUUCAUCAUCUGUCCACUCAAUUUGUACUCAGCCGCUAACCCACAGCUCAGUCAUGGCCUCUGGUGUGAAAGUUACAGAUGAAGUUAUUGCCGUCUUCAAUGACAUGAAGGUGCGUAAGGCUCAGGCAAAUGAGGAUGAGAAGAAAAGGAGGAAGAAGGCAAUCCUCUUCUGUCUCAGCAAAGACCUCAAGCACAUCGUCCUGGAUGAAGGCAAUGAAAUCUUGCAGGGCGACCUGGGCGUCACUGUCCAAGACCCCUACAUGCACUUUGUGAGCAUGCUUCCCCUGAAAGACUGCCGCUACGCUUUGUACGACGCCACCUACGAGACCAAAGAGACAAAGAAGGAAGACUUGGUCUUUAUUUUCUGGGCACCAGAAUGCGCUUCUUUGAAGAGCAAGAUGAUUUAUGCCAGCUCAAAAGAUGCCAUUAAGAGGAAGUUUGAAGGUAUCAAGCAUGAGUGGCAAGUGAAUGGUUUGGAGGACCUGAAAGACCGACGCACCCUGGCCGAGAAACUUGGCGCUGGCUCAAUAGUGAGCUUUGAAGGAUGCCCUUUAUAAACUGAGGCCUUUCAGACACAUCUGUUGGCUUUAGCUGUUCAUUCCAGUGGUUUGGAGGGGGGCAAAAGCAGAACCAGCACUGUUUAUGGGGUUCAUGGGGAGGGACAUUGUGGGUGGGCUUAGGGAAAAUGAACAAAUAAAGACUGUCAAAAACAAAAAUAAAUAUUAUAAGAGUAAAAACCUUGAGAUACAACAGAUUGAAGGCCUAUGAAGGUAAAUUAGAGUUUGAAGGAUUUAGUUUCCCCGUGUUCAGUUUAAAAUACAAAGGGACUCAGCCUCAUUUCACCCAUUAAAUUCUGAGUAUUGUUCCAACUGCAUUUUUGCCAAACUUCUAGUUUCGUGUGUAGUUGAGAUUAGGUAUAGUCUGAAUUCACUCGUGAUUGCACAAAAAUUAAACCAUAAUUCUCUCGGGGAACGGGUGGUUAAAUGAUUCCUUUCUUAAUAUUUCCAUUGUUGACAUGCAAACUCCAAUAUGUUUCCUUUUUUUCCAGUUUAGAGUUGAACUGCAUUCAGUGUAAUAAAUCACAUUCCUUGUUCUUGUAAAAAAACAGGAUUUCCUCAAUAAAAUGUAGUGUUCUGAAAGUGCAGCGUGAAGAGUAUGAAGGACCAGCCAUCUUGAGGACAGGCUGAAACUUGACUGUUUUGUAUUGUCUCCUUGUAUCUAAUAAAAAGCACUAAACUACUGAA